AGGACAGUGUUCCAACGUUCAGCAUACACUCAAGUCAUUAAAGGAUCUCUCUCUUACCCAUUCCGUCAAACCAAAAAUGUUUUAGAACUUGAUCAUCCAACUUCUAUCUAUCAAAAAUUGUAAAUUUUCUUAUUGUGCUUCUAGUCUACCCCCUCCCAUUAACUAAUAAGAAGAAUCAAAGAUAUUUUUAGAUUGAUUUCUUAAGAAAAUUAAAUUAUGAACUUUUUUUCAUCGCAAAGUAUUAGAAUUUUAAAAAUUGUUCUUUUAUCCUGGUUCGAGAAAGUUUACCAAAUGUGUUACCAAGCUAAAGCAUUUUCUUUACUAAUAUUUUUCCCCUUUUUUAUCAGCUUGUAGAACUGACUUUACUCAGCUCGCCAGUUUACCGCGUCUUCCAUAUCAAAAUAAAUUCUGUUUAAUAUUUUCAGAUCUUGAAAGAUAGAUAGAUUAAUAUGGGGAACUGUUGUGGAACCGAGGAGCCUGGACCGGAUCCUGUGAGUUAAAUUUAUAAAUAUUUCGCGCAAGUUUUACCAAGAUUUGUAGCGAAGUUGUGAGGCAUUUUUUGGUGUAAAAUUAUGGAUUUGUUUGAAAAUGUUAAUUGCGUCAAGAUCUGCGCACCGAUGGUUAGAUAUUCUAAACUUCCAUUUAGAUUGCUUGUGAAGGACUAUGGAUGUGAUCUAAUGUACUCUCCAAUGAUCAUGGCAGACUCCUUCUACAAUUCACAGAAAGCCCGUGACAACGAAUUUAUAACAAGUGAGGACGAUAGACCAUUAAUAGUUCAGUUUGCCGCCAAUCAAUCAAUCCACUUCUCAGAGAGUGCGCGAAUGGUUGAAAAAUAUUGCAACGGCGUGGAUUUAAACUGUGGAUGUCCCCAGAAAUGGGCAAUCAAGGAAGGUAUUGGUGCUUGCUUAAUCAAUAAUCCUGAGUUUGUUGCUGAUGUAGUCAAACAGACAAGAAUGAAAGUUUCUAAUCCUAAUUUCUCUGUAUCUGUGAAAAUACGAAUACAUGAAGAUAUUUCUCAGACUGUUGACCUCUGCAGACAAAUACAGGCCGCAGGAGCAAGCUACAUAACUGUACAUGGGAGAACUAGAACUCAGAAAGGAGAACCAGUUAAUUUGGAGGCAAUCUCUACAAUAUCUAAAAGUUUAUCGAUACCAGUAGUAGCCAACGGUGAUAUUAAAACAUUAGAUGAUGUGAACAGAGUUCAUGAAAUAACAGGAUGUAAAGGAGUUAUGUCGGCCCGAGGUAUGCUGGAGAAUCCAGCAAUGUACGCUGGAUAUACAUCAACUCCAUUACAGUGUGUAUCUGAUUGGGUGAGAAUAUCUUUAGAGCGUGGAACCCCGUUUACCACCUUCCAUCAUCAUCUUAUAUAUAUGCUGGACAAACUUCUACCCAGAGGAGAUCGAAGACUGUUUAACUCCCUAGCAUCAACCUCCGCUGUAAUUGACUUCUUAAGGCUGGAUCUGGUAUGUACCUUGGAGCACAGAUUGCAAUCCGUAUGGUACAGUUCCUUGAACACACACAAAUAUUUGCCGUUGAGGAUGAUGAUGAUGAUUAAACAAUACGAAAACGAGAAAUAAAAGAUGAAAUUCGUCAAUACCACGAAAUACGAUGAUAGCCAGUCUUAAAGAUAGAAAAAGCUUUCAAGAGGUUUUUUGAUAUGUCGGUUCUUCUAAAGAAAAUAUAUUUUAUUGGUUUAGCUUUAAACAUUAAAAAUUUAUUAGAAAUACCUCUAAAGUUCUAUUUACAUGCCUCUUACCUAUUGUGAUACAAUGUGAUUGAAACGAUUAAACAGUACUUAAUGUAAAGAUCACUUGACCUUUAACUCUUAAAAUCAAUUCUCUAGAUUUCCAAACUGGUUUUACAGUUUAAACAUGCUCAAAGAGCUCAAGUGAUGUAUUAUUCUAAACCUGUAAUAUGCUACAAAUGCCUCAGAACUUCGCUCUGCUCAAUUAUUUAAGCUUUUUUUGCAUUAGUCACUAACAAAUAUUAUAAAGUAGAUAUUCUCGCUAGAAGUGGGAGUCGUUCUUGGUAUAGACAAAGUUUUAACCAAUGAAUUUUUCACGAUUUUUGUUUACGACAGGAGAGGUUUAAAAUUUAAAAAUCGCACAUUUUUAAGUACUACGACGUAAGAAUACUAGGAACAAUUUGUCUGAAUGGAAAUAUCAAUAACGAUCCCAUCUCUAUCCGUCAUCUAUCUAUAACCAUGUAUUUAUUCCAAAAUAUAUUUCUCUAUUCGUAGUGUACAUAGAGUAUAUCAUAUGAAAUCAAAUCAAAUAAAAAUUAAUAAGGAAAACGUUUUUCAG